AUGGCAAAGAGUGCAGUCACAUUUCUACUCAAAAAGCUGAUAGCAGCCUUACACCACGAGGAGGUGAAACUAUUGAGAGGUGUUUGGAGAGAAGUUACGUACAUAAAGGAUGAAUUGGAGCGUAUGACAGCCUUCCUAAACGUUGCAGAUCAGGCAUCACACGAAAGUGAUGAAGAACUCAAAGUAUGGGUUAAGCAAGUAAGAGAUGUUGUUUAUGACACCAACGAUGUCCUAGAUGAGUUCAAGCUUCAUGUGGAAAAUCAUCAUCAUAGGCAGCAGGGGUUUUUUUGUUCUUUUCUGAAUUUUUUUCACUCUAUCCUGAACUUGAAAGCUCGCCAUCGGAUUGCUUCAAGAAUGAAACACAUCAAAACAAGAGUCAGAAAUAUCUCUGAGGGGCGUCAGAGAUACCGCUACAAAUGUAACAUUGUGGAGGAGGGCUCAACCUCCUCCACCGUUUCAAACAGCACAUGGCAUGACUGCCGAAGGGAUGCACUUCUUGUAGAAGAGGCUGAGCUAGUAGGCACCGACAAGCGCAAGAAGCAGCUGAUUGAGCACCUUUUGGAGGACGAGCCUGAACUCAAAAUCAUCUCGGUGGUUGGAAUGGGAGGGAUGGGCAAAACUACCCUGGUAAGGAAGAUCUAUGAAGACUCAAAAGUCGAAAGGCAUUUCAAAACCCAUGUUUGGAUCACAGUUUCUCAGACAUUUGUGGUUGAGGAGUUCCUAAAGGACAUAAUUGUGCAACUCUUUACUGAGAUCAGGCAGCAUGUCCCUCAAGGAAUUAAUAACCUGGGCAGCCAUGAUCUGAAAAUGCAAAUAAACAAAUUUCUGAGUCAAAAGAGGUACGUAAUUGUUUUAGAUGAUAUCUGGAGGAUAGAUGCAUGUAAAGCUCUAAAAUAUGCAUUACCUAACUGUCAAUGUGGGAGCCGGGUUAUGCUCACAACACGAAUUGCUGAUAUAGCUUCCACCACCAGCACCAUAUUUGAUGGUAGUGUCACAUAUCCUUUAGAACCGUUGUCACGGGAAGAGUCUUGGAACCUAUUUUACAGAAAGACAUUCAAAGCAGACACUUGUCCUCCACAUUUGAAUGAAAUUUCUCGACGUAUCUUAAGAAGAUGCGAAGGAUUGCCACUUGCAAUUGCGGCAAUCAGUGGCCUUCUGGCUACAAAAGACAAAGGCUAUUUGAAACCUUGUUUCCUGUACUUCAGCAUUUUCCCCAACAAUUAUUUUAUUAAGCGUAUGAGACUGAUUAGAUUGUGGAUGGCAAAAGGAUUUGUGGAAGUAAGAGAAGGGCAGAUGCCAGAAGAAAUUGCUGAGAGCUACCUCAAUGAGCUUGUCAAUAGAAGCUUAGUCCAAAUAGCAACAACAACUAGAAAUCGAAGGGUUAGCACAUGCCGCAUCCACGACCUUUUGCGUGAAAUUUCUCUUUCCAAGUCAAGAGAACUAAACUUUGUAACAAUUGCCAACAGAAACAACACACAGUGGCUUGAAAGAAUCCGGCGCUUGUCAAUUCAUAAAACAUGUAGAAAUGUGGAAAAGGGCAAGAGGCUCUCCCAUCUUCGUUCUCUGUUCACGUUUGGGGUCGCAGACAUGCCAUCUAAAUUACCCAUCUCUACAUUGCUUACUGGUGUCCCCAGGCUGCUCAAGGUAUUAGAUUUGCAAGGUGCACCUUUGGAGUCUCUUCCAAAUGAAAUCUUUGAAUUGUACCUUUUAAGGUAUUUAAGCUUGAGAAAAACAAGGGUAAAAAAGAUUCCAAGCUCUAUUGGGAGGCUUGUAAACCUAGAGACACUGGAUCUCAAACAUGCCAAUGUAACUGAAUUACCUGUCGAAAUACUAAAGCUCCAAAAAUUACGCCAUCUUUUGGUGUAUCGUUACAUGAAAAGAUCUUCACCCUUUCACUCCACCUACGGUUUCAAGCCACCAUUGGGGAUGGGAGAUUUGCCAUCCCUGCAAAAGCUCUGUUUUGUUGAAGCAAAUCAAAGUAGUGAUAUAUUAAAUGAGGUAGGAAAGCUAACCCAACUGAGGAAGUUAGGCAUUACCAAGUUGAGGAGAGAGGAUGGGGUGGCAUUGUGCUCCUCCAUUGAAAACCUUUGCAACCUUCGUUCAUUAGAUGUAAGUUCAAUAGAGGAGGAUGAGGUCAUUGAUGUCCAACACAUGUCUUCUCCUCCUCCCUAUCUACAACGGCUAUGGUUGCAAGGACGUUUGGAGACUCUACCACCUUGGAUAACUUCAAUGCAUAGCCUAGUCAAACUACGCUUAAGGUGGAGUCGGCUAAGGGUUGAUCCACUGGAGUCUCUUCAGGCUUUGCCAAAUCUAGUGGAACUUCAACUUCGCCAGGCGUAUGAUGGUGAUGUAUUACAAUUUAAGGCUGGAGGGUUCCAAGGCCUAAAGAUAUUGCAUCUUCAUGACUUGAAAGCGCUGAGAAGGGUCUCGGUGGAAGAUGGGGCAAUGCCUCAUCUGGAAGAUCUCAAGAUUAUCUGCUGCGAAUCACUAGAAAACGUGCCGGCAGGUAUUGAAUUCCUCACCAAUCUGAAGUCACUUGCUUUUUCUGACAUGAAAAAUGAAUUGAUUAUGAGACUUCAGGGCAAACAAGGUGAUGACUAUUUGAAAAUCAUGAACAUCCCAGAAGUAUUAUGGUACAGAAGUUAUGCAGGUUUCUUUGCAAAGACAAAGUUAAUACCAUUGAUGGCUAUCAUUGUAAACAACACGCAGUGGCUUGAAAGAAUCCGGCGCUUGUCAAUUCAUAAAACAUGUAGAAAUGUGGAAAAGAGAAAGAGGUUCUCCCAUCUUCGUUCUCGGUUCACGUUUGGGGUCGCAGACAUGCCAUCUAAAUUACCCAUCUCUACAUUGCUUACUGGUGUCCCCAGGCUGAUCAAGGUAUUAGAUUUGCAAGGUGCACCUUUGGAGUCUCUUCCAAAUGAAAUCUUUGAAUUGUACCUUUUAAGGUAUUUAAGCUUGAGAAAAACAAGGGUGAAAAAGAUUCCAAGCUCUAUUGGGAGGCUUGUAAACCUAGAGACACUGGAUCUCAAACAUGCCAAUGUAACUGAAUUACCUGUCGAAAUACUAAAGCUCCAAAAAUUACGCCAUCUUUUGGUGUAUCGUUACGUGAAAAGAUCUUCACCCUUUCACUCCACCUACGGUUGCAAGCCACCAUUGGGGAUGGGAGAUUUGCAAUCCCUGCAAAAGCUCUGUUUUGUUGAAGCAAAUCAAAGUAGUGACUUAUUACGUGAGGUAGGAAAGCUAACCCAACUGAGGAAGUUAGGCAUUACCAAGUUGAGGAGAGAAGAUGGGGUGGCAUUGUUCUCCUCAAUUGAAAACCUUCGCAGCCUUCGCUCAUUAGAUGUAAAUUCAAUAGAGGAGGAUGAGGUCAUUGAUGUCCACCACAUGUCUUCUCCUCCUCCCUAUCUACAACGGCUAUGGUUGCAAGGACGUUUGGAGACUCUACCACCUUGGAUAACUUCAAUGCAUAGCCUAGUCAAACUACGCUUAAGGUGGAGUCCGCUAAGGGUUGAUCCACUGGAGUCUCUUCAGGCUUUGCCGAAUCUAGUGGAACUUCAACUUCGCCAGGCUUAUGAUGGUGAUGUAUUACAAUUUAAGGCCGGAGGGUUCCAAGGUCUAAAGGUAUUGCAUCUUCAUGACUUGAAAGCGCUGAGAAGGGUCUCGGUGGAAGAUGGGGCAAUGCCUCAUCUGGAAGAUCUCAGGAUUAUCUGCUGCAAAUCACUAGUAAAUGUGCCGGCAGGUAUUGAAUUCCUCACCAAUCUGAAGUCACUUGCUUUUGCUGACAUGAAAAAUGAAUUGAUUAUGAGACUUCAGGGCAAACAAGGUGAUGACUAUUUGAAAAUCAUGAACAUCCCAGAAGCUUAUUAUACCUUUUGGGAUUGCGGUCGGUGGAAUUGA